AUGGACAUGGAAUCAAGACAAGGCAACAAAUCCCCUAGCGGUAUGACUCAUCCAAAUCACAGAUCCUCCUCCAAGAAGAAAAGAGCAAGAAAUUGCUGCUUGAUCUGCCUGGCCGUCCUAAUCCUUGUAGGACUUCUCUUCCUCAUUCUGGGCCUUACUGUUUUCAAAGCCAAAAAGCCAGUCAUCACUGUAAACUCCGUUGUCCUACGUGAUUUGGGUGUCUCCUUCGACAUCACCAAACUCCAAGUUCAUCUCAACGUCACCCUUCAGGCCGAUCUCUCUGUCCGAAAUCCCAAUCGGGUCGGGUUCAAAUACGACUCCACCUCUGCUACCCUUCAGUACAAGGGCCAAGUCAUCGGAGAUGCCCCUGUUCCCGCCGGAAAAAUUGGCUCCCGGGAAACGCGUCCAAUGAAUAUUACCCUCACCGUGAUGGCCGAUCGUUUAUUUUCCAACUCCGGUUUGUAUUCCGAUGUCAUGUCCGGUGGGUUACCCCUUACUACGUACGUCAAAUUGUCUGGGGUGGUCCGUGUUCUCUUCAAAAUUCACGUCAAGUCUUCCACUACCUGCGAUUUGUACAUCGAUGUUCUUAACAGGAAGCUCGUCAACCAGACUUGUCAUUACAAGACAAACCUAUGA